AUGUGGAAAGACACAACUCUUCCUUGGUGCAUAGGAUUACUUCUAGUGACGUUCCAUUGUUUCCAUCCACUGGUCAGUGCCGAUUGGAAUUUCUUUAAGUGUUUUGAGACGGUUAAAAGAUGUCCAAACCAAAAUGUUUCGUUUUUUCUCUACACAAGAGAAACGCAAAACAACCCCACUCAGCUCGACAUGUUCAACCCCGACACCGUCAUGAACGCCAACUUUGUUCGGGGACGUCCAUUGAUCAUUCUGAUUCAUGGCUACACGGGUCACCGUGACUACGCGCCCAAUCCAACGAUUCGUCCGGCGUACUUCGCCUACGACGAGUUUAACAUCAUUUCGGUCGACUACAAUCCACUGGCGCUGGAACCGUGCUAUCUGCAAGCGGUGCGCAAUCUUCCCACGGUGGCCAAUUGCACCGCGCAGCUGCUCGAUUUCAUCAUCGGCAACAACAUCAUCCCGCUCGAGGAUAUCCACGUGGUGGGCUUCAGCUUGGGAGGCCAAACUUCCGGCAUGAUCGCGAACUACCUGAAGUCGGGCAAGCUGAAGCGUAUCACCGGGCUCGAUCCGGCCAAACCGCUGUUCGUGUUUGCGCCAAACGAGCACAAGCUGGACCAGAUGGACGCCGAGUUCGUGCAGGUAAUCCACACGGACGUGUUCCAGCGGGGCAUCCUGCACCCGAGUGGGCACACGGAUUUCUACGUGAACGGUGGCGUGGAGCAGCCGGGCUGCAACGCCACGACUAUGAUGACCACGGGCGAAUGUAACCACAACCGUGCCCCGGAGUACUACGCCGAGUCGAUAGCCAGCGAGGUUGGAUUCUACGGAUACCGGUGUGCCCACUGGUACCUGUACAUGCUGGGCGUGUGCCGGGGUGGCGGUGCCAACGAUCAAGUUGCCAUCAUGGGUGCGCACACUCCUGACACGACCCGAGGCCUCUACUUCCUCACCGUUAACAUGAUGCCACCUUACGCAAGAGGAAGCAACUACACCCUGCGGGAGGAACUGGCAGCCAUAUCAGCUAACAUUAGGAAUUAG